CCGGGAGAAAAGGGAAGGAGGUCUGUGCCGUCUGUCACAAGCCUGGCUCUCUGACUGGGGAGACUGCUUUUAAAGAAGGCGCUGGAUGCCAGCGACUAGGGACACAGACCUGUGAGGAGCAGCGAGCUGACAGAGGAGGGCUCCAUACUAAGAGCUUUUCUCUGUCAUGAGUACCUCCCCCCAUUGUCAUCUGUGACACGGCCCUGUCCUGCAGGCAGCUCCAUGGGUCCCCUGGGGAUGGCGGUGCUCCUUUCUGAGUUACUGAUCCCAACAGGACUCCUGGCCCAGGAGCACCAGGAUCUUUCCACCCAGGAGCCGGUCCGCACACUGCAUAUGACGUUUGAUCCGAGGAAAAUGAUAUUAGCUUGGGACUGUCGUCAAGAUGCUACGGUUGUCGAAUGUCUGAUGAUCCACAAGGAAGAAGGGCAGAUUAGCAUGGAGCCCAUGGAGAAACAAUGUAACUGCACCUUUGAACUCCGUUCUCUGCACGGUGGAGUCCUCCUCAUGGUUAAAGCAAACACCAGCCAGGGACUCUUUGAGGAAAAACUGAAAUACCACAACCCAGGUGGGAAUGGAACGGCUGCAGAAAACUUCUCCUGCUUUAUGUACGACGAGGAUUUCAUGAACUGCACGUGGGCAAAGGGCCGAGCUGCCCCAGGCGACGUCCAAUAUUUCUUUUAUAUCCGAGACUCAGAGGGAGAAACGGAAAGAGAAUGUCCACAUUACCUAGAACAUUCCGGAACCCACGUUGGGUGCCACGUCAAGGACAUCUCGGGAUUAACCUUUUACAGCUACUUCCUGGUUAACGGGUCCAGCCGAGGAACAGGAAUCCAGUUCUUUGAUUCGAUUUUGUCAAAGAAUGACAUGAAAAGGUACAGUCCACCCAUCAACAUCACCGUGAACUGCAACCACUCACACUGCCUCCUCAAGUGGCAACGCCCCAAGGCCCAGCAACACAUGUCUGCCAGGGAGCUGAAGUAUGAGGUAGACAUCCAACGCAAGGGCCAUAAAGAUGGCAGCGGCCAUAAACCGAUUCCUAUUCCUGGUAAUUUGGGAAAUAAGCACAGCUUUUCAAUCAACCCAACAGCAAGAUACACGGUCAGAAUCAGAACUGCAAACUCCCGGAUCCUUCAUUGGGGUCCCUGGAGCGAGCCUGUAGAGUUUGGCUUUGAAGAAGGAGAAGCCAGCCCCAAGUACGUCUAUGUACUGGUGGUCCUGGGGACCCUCCUCGGCGCCCUGCUCAUUGGGUUUCUUUUUAAAAGGUUCCUCGUGAUGCACGCUUUAUUCCCUCCAAUUCCGAAGAUCAAAGAUAAACUGAACGACAACCAGGAAACAGGCCUGCAGGUCAGCUGGAACGAGCUUAUGCCGGGCACAGGAAAAGCUGAGAAUGAAGAGGUCAUCACGGUGGAAGAAGUCGCGUGAGCCUCAGCCGCCCCAGUGAGAUGUGAAUCUACCCAUACCUCCACCCCGAGACUCCCAGAACUUGUGUUUCUAUCAUGUUUUGUGGCUUUAUGCAGUUUUCUAUUUUUUUACUUAUAAAAAUGUGACAUUCUACAGAGAUGCUUGGAAUCCUAGAGACCAUUCAAUCCCCUUCGAACCUGAUGACAUAAAUCUCAGCCUAGAUCCUCCACAAAGAGCUUGUUGUUGUUUUGUUAAUUGCCUUCAAGUCGGCUCCAAC